UGCACUUAAUAGUCAUGAGUGUACAACCGAGCUGUAAAGGUGCCCGUGUGAAGCCGUCUGCUGUAGUACUUUUAAAGUUUUUAGUUUUUCCAUCGCUCGCACUCGAGUAUCAAAUCAACCGCAACCAGCACCACUAGUCAUCGGUUUGUCUUUCGUUAUAGGUAGGGGUAGGUAAAUUUCAAUCAUAAAAGAAAAAUUGACUGGUGAAAAGACUAGAAAGUGUACCAGACCUGAUAUACAUUGGUAAAGGUAGUACAAGAGAAAUAAUACGAAGAUAUUGAUUCGAGCGAUUACGGAUCAUACUUUAGGUUUUGCAUAUUAGAUGCAGAGGUAGAUGCAAAUUCAAAGAACAAGAAAAUAAAUGUUAUCGAAUCGAAAAAUAGUUGUGGAUACGCGUUCUCCGGAAAAAAUUGAGUUCGAAAGCGGUAACAGUUUUAUUAUUCAAGAUGAACUGCAAUAUGUAGUUUUAUGUGAAUGAAAGUGAACGUAUAAAAAAGAAUAACUAAAAGUGUGCUUUAUAUCCUUUUUUUUCAUAAGAUAAAAUUUUACAGAAAAUAAAAAUGAUGGCUCAGAAAUCCGACAAAACUGCAUUGUACAAGUUAUUUGUCGAAUAAGCCAUACGAGCGUAUAGUUUUUUUUCACGGUACAUAAAAAUCUAUGAAUUGAACUACUAGUGCCAACCAGUUAAUGUACCACCGCUGUAGGCAAUUUGGUGAUCGAAUAGUAUUUGCAAUACAUAUUUUCCUGGUUACUCACUAGAGUGAGCCGUGAGUUAAUGAAUUAGUGAUAGUGAAUGAAAUCAACGGUUGUGUAUGUUUGUGAAACCUAAAAAUAUAGCAAGUACGAAAGUAUUACAAAAAGUGUAUAAAAUGUGCAUCCUGCUUCCAUCAACACCCUCACCUGGAUUACCUUGGAAUUGCGGUAGACUUCUCCGGGCGUAGUUGGUCACAGGAAUUCAGCUUUGAUCGAAUGAAAAUAUGUGUCAAAGAAAUCGUAAAAUAUAUUUGCGUUUUCGAAUGUGGGUUUGAAUAAUGAUUUCCCUUUACGUGAUACGCGACAUCAAGUGACCGCUUCUAUAUAUAUGAUACGAAAUACUAAGGCUAUGCCUGAACAAGAGAUAAACAUAUUCCACCCUUCUGGUCAAGAGUCGAUUCUAAAAAAGACAAAGGAUAAGCUGCGGAUCGUGUAAGUUGUUUGGAAUUUUUAGGCAGGUGAAUUGGUGACCAAUGAUCAUCACUAUGUUGAUCGGGGCUGUUUGCUGGAAACCAUGAGGUGUCGACCGUUGCUGCUAGGGAUCACUACUGGCAGUGAACGAUGCGGACGGCAGCUAUGGACCGCAGUGAUGAAACACAAACGGGAUGUUUUCCCUUCGAUAGAAGAAUCGAACACGGAUCGAUAUUGUUCUGUUUGUUUUCUGGCAUCGAUAUCAAAGCUGGCAAAAUAAGCAAGUGUUGUCUCAAUGACGAAUCCGUUAGUAGUGCAAGUGCUACGUUUAGCUUCACUAGUGUGUGCAAGUGUGCAAAAUAGAAUAAAAAUUAAAAUAAUAUGAAAAUAGUUGAAUCGAAGCCAAAUUAUAGCUUAGUUCAUCUGAGAAGGAAGGAACGAAGAAAGCAUAUCGUACAUGUGUGGAAACGGGAUAGGGUAGUAAUCCCUACAGUGAAUAAUAGUUGCUCGUAGUAAAAAUAGAACAACACAAAUCAAAAGCGUUAUAGGUGAAGAGAGUGAAACAAGUUAUUUUGGAGUGGCAAUUGGGAGGAAAGUGUGACAGGAGUGUUUUGAAAAUCGUAAUUCGGUACUGAAAUAAUUGUCAAAAAUGACUGAGCAAAAGGACGUCCUCACCGGACUAAAUUUGUCUAGUUUGUCAGUAAUUGCAGCGUCUAAUCGGUUAAGAGAGCUCGAGUCUCUCAUCAUCGACAAUGUCACCUCGAACAACAACUUGAACAGCGCCGGUCUGUCGUCGGAGAAAUUCCUGUCGAUCGAAACUCUGCUCGACUGUUUGCUGGUGCUGUACGACGAAUGUUGCAAUUCGUCCCUUCGGCGGGAGAAAACCGUCUCUGAUUUUAUCGAGCUAAUUAAAUCUGUGGUGCAGUGCAUCAAGCAGCUUCGUUUGUCGCGAGAGGAUUUCGAGGUGCUCAAGGUCAUUGGCCGUGGGGCAUUUGGCGAAGUAUGCGUCGUUCGGAUGAAUCACACUAGUCAGAUCUACGCGAUGAAGAUUUUGAACAAAUGGGAAAUGCUAAAGCGAGCCGAGACUGCGUGCUUUCGUGAAGAACGCGAUGUGCUGGUAUUUGGCGAUCGAAGAUGGAUUACCAACCUGCACUAUGCGUUCCAAGACGAUAUCAAUUUGUAUCUUGUUAUGGAUUACUACUGUGGUGGCGAUUUGCUGACUUUGCUUAGUAAAUUCGAAGACCGUCUUCCGGAGGAUAUGGCUCGGUUUUAUAUUGCUGAGAUGGUUCUCGCCAUCAAUAGUAUUCACGAGCUGAAAUAUGUUCAUCGUGAUAUCAAGCCGGAUAAUAUCGUGCUCGAUGCAAGUGGUCAUGUUCGGUUAGCGGAUUUUGGUUCCUGUUUGAAGCUUGGUCCCCAGGGGACGGUGCAAUCGAAUGUCGCGGUGGGGACACCGGACUAUAUUUCUCCGGAAAUUCUGCGAGCGAUGGAGGAUGGCCAGGGCAAGUAUGGGCCCGAGUGUGAUUGGUGGUCAUUGGGUGUUUGCAUGUACGAGAUGCUUUUCGGAGAGACUCCGUUUUACGCUGAAAGUUUAGUGGAAACGUACGGGAAGAUUAUGAAUCAUAAGAACUGUUUCGAUUUUCCGAACGACGACGAGGAUUAUCAAGUUAGCGAGCAUGCGAAAGAUUUAAUCAAAAAGUUAAUCUGUGCACCAGAAUACCGGCUGGGACAAAACGGGAUCGAUGAUUUCAAGACGCACCCGUGGUUCGAAGGAAUCGACUGGGAUACGAUACGAAACGGCCAGGCGCCAUAUAUACCUGAGGUUUCUAGUCCAACCGACACGUCUAAUUUCGACGUUGACGAUACGGACAUAAAACUGUCCGACGCGGUGCCUCCAACAACGAAUCCGGCCUUUUCAGGGCAUCAUUUGCCUUUCAUUGGAUUCACUUUUACUAAGGAGAGCAGUAUAUCGGAUGUGGGGAAACUGUCACGUGCCAUUAGCAAUUUAACCAAUAGUCAAUUACAGCAGCAAUUAGCUCCGUUGAAGCUAGACGGUAGUCAGCAACAAGGGAAUGGUUUAUUUAAGCAUGGUUCAGAAGAGAAACGUCUCAGUCCAGAUAGUACCCGAAAGUUGCAAGAUGAAAUCAAUAUACUAACGAAGCGUAACUGUGAGUUGGAAAGUCAAAUUAAAAGCUUCGAGCGACAAGAGUUUGCUGUCCGAAACAGUGGUAAUACCGUAUCAGGUGACGCGGUCGAUGGCCAGUUAGAUGCUAAACUGAAGGAGUUUGAAAAAAUAAUUCGACAGUUGCGGCAGGAAAAGGAUGACUUGCAGAAGGAACACGCGGAUGCAAUCGAAAGACUGAAACUACAGGAUAAGGAACUAAAGGAUGCUCUCGGUCAGAGAAAACUAGCGAUGGCAGAAUAUACUGAAGUUACCGAUAAAUUAUCUGAUUUGAGACAGCAAAAACAAAAGCUGUCUCGACAAGUCCGAGAUAAGGAAGAGGAGGUGGAAGUUGCCAUGCAAAAGGUUGAUACUCUGCGUAGUGAGUUACGCAAGACAGAUAAAACGAAGCGAGAACUGGAAGGAAGGCUUCAAGAUUUAUUAUCAGAACUCACACGAGAGCGGCAACUUAGAGAGCGAUCCGAAGACUAUUGCCGACAGUUGCAAUCUGAAGCAAGAAGUAGGAGUUCCUCUGAACUGGGUUCUUCAACUUCGCUAGGAAUCUCAUCCUCCGAUUCUAUCCGACUGGAGAUCGAUCGUUUAGAAGUGGAGUAUAGCGAAAAGAUUAACUUGCAGCAAUCCCGAUACAACACGGAAGUUUCCGCCCUUCGAGAUCAGUUGAUUGAAGCAGAAAACCAUCGCGAAAUGUUGCAAAUUGAAUUACAACAGGCCCGUGAUAAAUUGGACUCAACGCGCCUUGAAUCGCUAACGGAUUCGGAGGAAACCAUAUUAGAGUUGCGUAAGCGGCAUGACCGGGAGAAGAAGAUCCUACUGGAUGAUAACCGAAAAAUGAUCUCCGAUUUGGAGAUACUUAGUGAGCAAAACCGACGUAUGCAAAACGAAAGACUACAAAUGGAAAGCGAUUAUGAGGAAUUGAGGAAUAAACGCCAAGCAUUCAGUCAGUGGGAGCGACAAAUUUCGGAGAUAAUCCAGUGGGUAUCGGAUGAGAAGGAUGCUCGUGGUUAUCUGCAGGCAUUGGCUACCAAGAUGACCGAGGAGCUCGAGUUCCUGAAGCACUCUGGUUCACUGAACCAUAACACCAGCGAUAAAAAUUGGCGCAACCGGCGCUCUCAGAAACUGGACAAAAUGGAGCUGCUGAAUUUGCAGAGUUCACUUCAAAAUGAAAUACAAGCGAAAGCGCUAAUAUCGGAAGAACUUACUCGAACACGGUCUGAUCUGGUUGCCGCUCAAAAGGAUCUACGAGAGACGCGACAGAUUUGUGAAUCGAUCGGUAGCGAAUUGAAACGCAAGGACAGCCAAGUAAAGGAGCUACAGCAACGACUUGAAUCGAACGAAGGAUUUUUGGAGAGACCAUCAUCUCAAAUGUCCUAUCUGGAUCACUUCCUGAAGGAGUCGGGCGGAGGUUCCAGCUCUACAACGCACACCAAUUCAACACUAGCAGUGAAUAUGCCGUCCCAGCAGAAUAGCCAGCACGUAACCUCAACUAGCUCGUCGUCGAAUAACCUUACCAAUACCCCAAUGAAUCAACAUAAUCAGAGUUUAUCCUCGCUCCAUCAACAACUACAGCACCAACAGGCGCAGCAACAGCAGCAACACUUCCAGCAGCAACAACAACAGCAUUCGCACACCUACAGCAACCAGCAACAGGUUCAUCAAAUGCAUCACUCUAACUACUCGAUGGAAAGCGAGGAAGGCGAUGUAGAGGAUAAUCGGGGCCAUUCGUUGUCUAGCUCGAAGAGUAAUCUUAGCGAUCAUUCCCUGAGUAUGCACAGUGUGAUGAUGCCUAAACAAAAAGUGCAUCAGUUUCUGGUGCGAACUUUCUCUAGUCCUACCAAGUGCAACCAUUGCACCUCGUUAAUGGUUGGCCUUACCCGUCAGGGGGUUGUGUGUGAGCUGUGCGGUUUCGCCUGCCACAUGAUCUGUUGUCAGAAGGUACCUACGCAGUGUCCUGUUCCAUCUGAUCAAACCAAACGACCAUUGGGCAUUGAUCCGACCCGAGGAAUCGGAACGGCAUACGAGGGCUACGUUAAAGUACCUAAGCUUGGGGCGGUCAAGCGUGGUUGGGUGCGACAGUUUGUUGUUGUUUGUGAUUUUAAGCUGUUUCUGUAUGACAUCACCGCCGACCGCAGUGCGUUACCAAGUGUUCAUGUUACUCAGGUAUUAGAUAUGCGAGAUCCAGAAUUUGGAGUUUCCGGAGUUCGUGAAAGUGAUGUUAUUCAUGCAGCUAAGAAAGAUGUUCCUUGUAUCUUUAGAAUAACAACCUCCCUUUUGGAUGGCGGUGCCUCCUUGCAAACCCUAAUGCUAGCGGAUACAGAAUCAGAAAAGGCAAAAUGGGUGGUAGCACUCAGUGAGCUUCAUCGAAUACUGAAACGAAACAACCUACCGAAUACGGCCAUAUUCCGAGUCAAAGAGGUACUAGAUAGUUCUCUAUCGGCCAUCCGAAGCGCAUUAAGCGCACUCAUCAUCGACCCUGAUCGGAUUCUUCUCGGAACGGAAGAUGGUCUGUUCUGUUUAGAUUUGGACCGUAGUGAAAUUGCACGGAUAGGGGAGAGCAAGAAGGUUUACCAACUGUGGUACAUUGCUGAGGAGCAGCUGUUGGUGAUAUUGUGUGGGAAACAGCGACAUCUGCGCUUGCUUCCGAUUCGAGCACUGGAAGCGACGGAUGUAGAGUGGAUAAAGGUCGCUGAGUCGAAAAAUUGUAUUACAGCUUGCACUGGUAUUAUAGAGAGAGGUCCGCAGCCGGUGUUUUGUAUCGUGGUUGCUUUGAAGCGACAGAACACCUCGCAAAUUGUGGUUUACGUUGUGAACAGAAAUCGUAGUCGACAUCACAAAAUGUGUGAAUUUACUGUAGCAUAUCCGGUACAGAGUUUGCAGGUACUUUCUGAUUUGCGUCUUGCGGUUGGUCAUCAGAGCGGUUUUACAGCGUAUUGCUUGCAAGGAGAGGCGCAAGCCAUGCCUCUAGUGCAUCCGGAAAAUCAAUUGAACAAUUUCUUAGCGUAUUCCGGAGUAGAUGCUUGGCGUGUGAUCGAACUUCAGUCGGGGCAAGGCUCGAAUGCCCACGGAGAAUAUCUACUUGUAUUCCAAACGUUAGCCAUAUAUGUCGAUCUCCAAGGACGCAAAUCUCGGGACCGAGAAAUAAUGUACCCAGCCGUACCUACUCAUAUUACUUAUUGUGAUGGUCAUUUGCUAGUCUACUCGGAAACGCAUCUUGAUAUUUUCAAUGCGCAAACCGCCGAAUGGGUUCAGUCCAUUGGUCUUAAACGAUCUCGUCCACUCAUGAACAAUGGCAGUCUUUCGCUGACAACUUUAAAUGAUACGGCACAUGUAAUUUACUUGGCCAACAUGCACACGAGAGAGCUUCUUAGCCUGGCACCGUGUGAUCGAGAAGGGCGGCUUAAGUCAAAACGAUUUUCGCUGCGGAAUGAAGGCAACCGUACUAUAAGAACAAGCACCGAUCGUCGUUCAAAACUAAUCUCUGCGCCGACGAAUUUCAACCAUAUCUCUCACAUGGGACCUGGCGAUGGCAUACAAAAGCAACGUCUACUCGACCUACCCACUACGAUCGAAACCGCUGAUCAAUCGAAUCAACACCGGAUCUCAACAAUGAGACAUGCCCCACCUCCUCCACGAGCUCCUCCCCGACCGAUGAUACAUCCUCAUAAUGAAGGUUCGAAUAAUUCUUUCCCAGGCGCUAAACGAACGGCUCCGGCUAGGCCUCGCGAUCAACCACCAUCGUUACCCCGUUCGCCAAGUCCGCUAGGUAGCAUGUCAUCGUUGCAGGAUGUGCUAAAAGUGGCGGAUAUGCAGUCAGAAUCACGACAGAGUGUAGCCAGUAACAACUCUAGUUCGGUAUCUACGCCACCCUCGCCAACCAACGACCGGUUGAGUUCCAGUUACGAUUCUUAAUGGUAAGAGAAGUGCUCAACCGAUGUGAGCAAAGGGUUAUUUAUUUUUGUCGCCGUCAGUAACAAAUGAUGAUUCGUUUCAAUAUUUGGUAGUUUCGUUCAACACAGUUUCAAAUAUAGCUGUGUUUAGUGAUAUAUGUAUUUAAGUUCUCUUUUACAAAACAACAUUUGUAUUAUUGUUCGUUGCAAAAUCUAUGGCAAACUCCAAAAUACUCGAAGCACCUAAUAAAUUCCAAAUUUCUUUUGAUAUAUUUUAUUUAUAUUAUUCUUUUUUAUCAGUCGUUUUAAAUAGAAAACUAAGCUUCGCAGAACUACUUGAUCUCUCUAAUCUAAUAAUCCCAAUUGAAACUCUUUUUGGAAUGUACUAUUACUAAACUGGUUGUGUUGCUUAGAACGAACACAAUCAAGCGUGAGGUUUAUUCCUCGUUCUUAUCUGCAAUAAACAUUUACAUUACCACUACAAACAGAAACCUAUGCUGUCAUUCAUCAUCAAGUACACUACUUAUUGUAGACAUAGAGAAUCGAUGUGCAAUAUGCGAGUAGAUCGAAUUGUAUCGCAGUACCAGAUCGGUUAGUGGAUCUAGUACCUUUUUGGUAGGAUCGUUUUAAUAUUUCACUAGUAGAAUAGAAGUAAGUCCACUAAUAAAAACUUCCAAAUUUUAACCAGACUAUGAACCUGCAUUAUCAGCUAAACAAACCUUUAACAACGAGCUCAUGGACAAGAAACACAUUAAACACUAGCAUUUCUAGAUUCCCGAUAUCUCGUGAACAAAAACUCAAUAUAACCUUGCUUGAGAGCAAAAACCAAUAGUAAAAAACCUCUACUCGUUAAGACUUUAUUUGUCACCCUUCGAAAUUUGAUCUAAAUUUCCUCCAAGUUAUGCGGAGCAAUAUACGCUAUUGAAUGUUGUCCGAUUUACUUUGAAAUAUUACAAUACCACUACAUAAACUACAAUCUGCAAAAUCAAGUUUAAAAUAAAAGUACACGAACAAAUCAGCUACGACAUGAACGACACACAGGUCUAUAAUUAUAAACAAAAAAAAUCAAAUUAGCCGCUACCUUUACACGGACACAAAGCUGUUGAACUAAGAAAUUUUAAAAAUUAUGCAGGUUAAUCUCACUCCUGCUCAAAAAUGGAGAAACGCACGGUCGUCGCUGAAAAAUCGACAAAAAUGGAUAUAAAAACUGAAGACAAUAUUUAGUAUUUUCGGUACAGAUUUUCUGUGCUUGUUAAUAUUAUAUACAACGUAGAACGCAUCAUUACAUAGGUAAAUAACUCUGACACGUAAACUAAAAGCUAGACACAUGUAAAUUACCAGAAAUUCACCACCAUUGUCUCUGUUGUAAAAAACACCAUUACUGUAAAGAACAACGUAAACUCAUAAAUCAGUUCAAGAUAAUUUAAAUUUUACAAAUAACUUAUUUGAUCAACAACAUUUGAGGAGAUAUAUUUUCGCAUUCAAACGUACCAUUCACGAUUAGCUUAAGACGCGAGUUGAUUUCUAGGCGCAUAAAUUGAUAUAUUUUUAAUGUAUGUUCCUUUAGUUAGGAUUAAUUUCCUGGUUUUAUACGAUUAUACCGGGUAAGCUCGUGCUGCAUUUAACAGCACGUGGCAAAGGAGAAACUACAAUAAAAAACAAUGAAUAUUGUUAAAACAAUUUAAUUUAUGUUUAGUACAUGACGUUUGACAGUGAAGUGAAAAUACAACUGACAACUACUUGGAGAACAUACACUAAAACUAAGUUAGCAGUAUAUAGCAUAUACCGAAAGUCUAGUGUUUUAUAAAAUUAUAUUAAUUGUAAAAAUACCACUGCAAAAUAUAUUAACAUUAUACAAACUAAAACGCAAA